UUUCUGGCUGCUCCCAUGAGUAAGCACCCCAUUAAAACCCACGCUCAAGGUCCCCAUUCGGAUUUUUGGGGGGGAUUUUGGGGGGCUGAGCCCCCCAGCACGGCAUUAACCACUUUCCUUCUUCAUUCCCCAGCGCCUUCCCGUAUUUUGGAGGAUCCCCAGCCAGGAAAAUCGAGAGCUGCCCCAGGCCGGGUGGAAUCCGAGGAUUAUUCCCGUUUUUUGCCCUUCCCAGCCAUGGAUGCGGGCGCCUGCAGCAGCUCGGGGGCCGAGGGCGGGCCGCGGCUCUGCGGCGUCUGCGGGGACCGAGCCAGCGGCUUCCACUUCAACGCCAUCACCUGCGAGGGCUGCAAGGGCUUCUUCAGGAGGAGCAUGAAGAGGAAUGCCAUGUUCACCUGUCCCUUCAGCGGGGAGUGCCACAUCACCAAGGACAACCGGCGGCACUGCCAGGCCUGCCGGCUGAAACGCUGCCUGGACAUCGGCAUGAUGAAGGAGUUCAUCCUGACGGACGAGGAGGUGCAGAGGAAGAGGGAGCUGAUCCUGAGGAGGAAGGAGGAGGAGGCGCUGAGGGAAAGCCUCAAGCCCAAACUCUCCGAGGAGCAGCAGAAAGUCAUCGACGUGCUGCUCGAGGCCCACCACAAAACCUACGACCCCACCUACGCCGACUUCACCAAAUUUCGGCCCCCCGUGAGGAGCCACCCCAGCAGCAGUGGGGCCACCAACCCCUCGUCCCUGCUGGCCCAGGACCUGUCCUCGGAGGAUUCCUCGGAUCUCUUCAGCUCCUUCAGCACCUUCCCAGAGCCCGCGGAGCCGCCGCCGUUCCCCAGCCUGGCCGAGCCGGACGAGCAGGAGCAGAGCUCCUCGGCCCGGCUGGAGCUCUCCCAGCUCACCAUGCUGCCUCACCUGGCCGACCUGGUCAGCUACAGCAUCCAGAAGGUGAUCGGCUUCGCCAAGAUGAUCCCGGGCUUCAGGGAUCUGUGCGUGGAGGACCAGAUCGUGCUGCUCAAGUGCAGCGCCAUGGAGGUGAUCAUGCUGCGCUCCAACGAGUCCUUCACCCUCGAGGACAUGUCCUGGACCUGCGGCAGCCCCGACUUCAAGUACAGGGUCAGCGAUGUCACCCAGGCCGGGCACAGCAUGGACCUGCUGGAGCCGCUGCUGAAGUUCCAGGUGGGGCUGAAGAAGCUGAACCUGCACGAGGAGGAGCACGUGCUGCUGAUGGCCAUCUGCAUCCUGUCCCCAGACCGGCCGGGCGUGCGGGAGCCGCUGCGGGUGGAGGCGCUGCAGGAGCGGCUCUCGGAGGUGCUGCAGAGCUACAUCCGCGCCCGGCACGCCGCGCCCGGCGGCCGCCUGCUCUACGCCAAGAUGAUCCAGAAGCUGGCGGACCUGCGCAGCCUGAACGAGGAGCACUCGAGGCAGUACCGCUGUCUGUCCUUCCAGCCCGAGCACAGCAUGCAGCUCACGCCGCUGCUGCUCGAGGUGUUCGGCAACGAGAUCUCCUGAGAGCCCGCACGGCCCGGAGCGGCCCCGGAGCCCCGCGGGAGGGAGAGCCCGGGCGGGGGUCGGGCUCUGGGGUCGCUGCUCCGGGAGCAGCUUCCCCUCCGCGGGGGUUUUGGGGCCGGGCUGCCUCGAAUCGCUGCUUUUUUGGCGAAUGCGUGGAAGGGGAAGUGCCGGGAGAUGAGCCAGAGGCAGCUGAGAAAGCCCCGAGAGGGGAAAUGUCCUCGACCCUCGAA